AUGCUUGGAACUUGGGUCAUAUCGCUGGGCGUGAUCUGCCUGCUGCAGUGUACAGUGUAUGGAGAGCCGCGUCCCGAUUUCUCGCUCGACGCUAACUUGUUCGGGACGGUACGCGUGUCCGGAGCGAUCAGUGAAACUCAAACGGUCGUGACGGGGAUCAAUACGAACCUGGACAUUACACUACAAACCUCCUAUCCAAGGCUAUUGAACCUGCUGCAGCUAACGCAAGAAGUAGGCGAACGUGUCUCCCAACAACUGGAGAGUGUGCUAACUCCACUGGCAGUGCUCGCACCCUCAACUAGCUCGGAAGAGUUGGAUCUUUUCAACAGAGUGCUCGGGGAGGUUACAACCCUGCAGACGUUUUUAAGCGUCCGAUUAAUGGAAAUAAACUCCGAGGCAGCAACGCUGUUCGGUGGAUUUAUUCCAUCACAGUUUAACGAUGCGCUGGGCCGUGUUAGUGUGGGACUGCACGAGUUGACCAGUGCUCUGGAGGCUCUCCAGACGGCCGUGAAUGCGUUCCUUGGCCAGAACAGUGAGGAGGUCAGCCAGUGUGCACCCAAAGCAAUCCGACCAAGGCUGGUAUAUCGAGUGGUGUACGCGGUGCGAACACUGAAAGCUUACCUGCCGGUGGUAAGGUACACGCUCCUUACAACGGUCGAGAACAUUGCGCUAGCCGACCAGUUUGUACUUCGACUGUCCGAAGAGGCUGCCGAAGUGCAAGAGCCUUCGCAAUACGUAGAUUUGAUUCGGGCUACAGCCAACACUGUUAAUAGUGCUGUGAGCACGGGGGUUAGUACGGUAGUAAGCCGAUUCGCCACGGUCCAGACAGAGCUGGCAGCCCUAAGCAACUUAAGCCCACUAAUGGCGUACAGUAGCGUACAGCAAAUGCUGACCUCCUUCGAAACCACCUUGCAACAGUUCAGUUCCGCCAGUUCAUCGUUCCUUGCGGCGCUUGAGGACAUUGCAGAGCAGCUGCUGCUUGCCCUAUUGCCAGACCAAAGCACACCGACGGUAAACAACUCGGAGGUAGUCGCUGCUCUCGUGACAACGCUGGUUGCCGGUGGUCCGUUCGCUCGAUUCUGCUUCUAUAAGUACUCGGAGCUUGUGUUUGGACUAGCCAACAACGGUUUGAUCGGUGUGGAAGCGUGCGUCAACAAGGAAAUACUGCGACUUCAGCAACUUCGCAAGGCACUGCUGGAACAAGUACCUUUGCUGCUGUUCGAUCUGGAGGAUAUUGUCAACAAGCUAAGUAUAUGCCAUGCCUUACAAAAUGUGAAUGCACGUGAAUCCUGCGUUACUGUGAUCGCUGGCUAUUACAUCGAAGUAGCGUCUAAUUUCCGAACCAUAUUCAACAAUCUGUACAGUACUGGAGUCGCGGAAGCGGGUGCUAGCACAAAUCGUUUGCUGGCAUGCGUUAAGGUGCUUCAGUUCGAGAUUGUGGACGGAACUGCACAAAGCCUUAAAGAUCAGAUUCUACGAUGUGCACAAGUUGGUCCACAGUUGAGCGGAUAG